GGGGCGCGAGGCGGGGCUCUCGCGCGUGUGGGGCUCACGCCGGCCGGAGGAGGAGAGAGGCGCGCUCCGGGCGGGAGGGCAGCGAGGUGCUGGGGGCGCCGGGCCCCGGAGCUCUGCCCAGCCCGGCCCCGGCCGCCAGCGCGGCCGCCAGCGGCUUCCUGCAGCCGGGGAGCCCGAGCGAGCCGAGCCUGCGGAGCGAGGGCAGCCGCAUCCCCCGCGCCCCCCAUCAUGAGCCCCGUGAGCCGCCCGUGAGCCGCCCGGCCCACGACUGCUGCAGCUGCGCGCGUGGAGCUGUCCAGAAGUUGGAAUGGGCUGUGAGCCAUGAAUGGUGAUGCCCCUUGCCAGGACACCUCCUCCCAGGUCCCCGACUGGCGGGAGUUCUGCGAGCUGCACGCUCAGGCGGCGGCGGUGGACUUUGCCCAGAAGUUCUGCCGGUUCCUGCGGGAGAACCCUCAGUACGACACGCCGGGGGCCGAGGCCUCCUUCUCCCACCACUUUGCCGCCAACUUCCUGGACGUCUUCAGCAUCGAGGUGAGCCGGGUCUUCGUCUCCGACUCGCCCACCAAGUACAACAUCGUCCCCUUCGUGGGGCUCCAGCCCUGCCACAUGCCCAAUGCCCGCGGGCCGCUGCCCUGCCGGGAGGAGACCUCCACCGAGUCCCUGGACAGCAUGGACCCCGUGGCCGGGCCGCCGCCGGCCCGCUACCUGAGCCAGGCCCAGCAGGCCCAGGCCCACAAGGUUUCUUCCUACGGCCACUCCCGGAGCUCGGAGGACGUGUCUUUGCGCGCCGCGGCCAAGCCGCGGUUCAAGAAGGGCUUCUCUCUGCGCAACAUGAGCCUGUGCGUGGUGGACGGCGUGAAGGAGAUGUGGCACCGGCGCGCCUCCCCCGAGCCCGAGGCGGGCCAGCCUGCCGGCCUCCGAGCGGGGGAGCCCCCGGCCGAGCCCCGGGAGAAGUGGGCCCACCGCCUGCGGCUCUCGCGGGGCCCGGCCUCCAAGGUGGAGCUGGCGGACAUCCAGCGGGAGGGCACGCUGCGCUACAUGGUGGCCGACGACUCCAGCUGCGUGGGUGGCUCCCAGUGGCAGAAGUGCCGCCUGAUGCUCCGCAAGGCCGUGAAGGUGGAGGGCGAGCGCUUCCUCCUAGAAUUCUACGUCCCGCCCAAGGCCUCCAAACCCAAGGUGAGCAUCCCCCUCUCUGCGAUCAUCGAGGUCCGGACCACCAUGCCCCUGGAGAUGCCAGACAAAGACAACACUUUUGUGCUAAAGGUGGAGAAUGGAGCCGAGUACAUCCUGGAAACCAUCGACUCCCUACAGAAACACUCGUGGGUGGCCGACAUCCAGGACUGCACGGACCCAGGAGACAGCGGAGACGACAUCGAGCUCUCGUCCUGUGCGCAGGGAGGCUGCCUCCCGGGCCGGGUGUCUUCUUGCAGCUGUGAAUUCCUCACCGACGCAGAUGGUCCGCGGGUCCCGGAGAGGUGCUCCGGAGCCCCAGAAUCCUCGCUGGGUGCCGUGGUCACAGCCCCUCAUGGCAGGGCCAGGGACUCCACGGGCGAGCACCUGACCCACGUCCCCCUCGAGAACUUCCUUCAGACCCUGGAGUCUCCCGCCAGCACCAGCCAAGCAGGGGAGGAGUGCAGCCAGGUGGAUGUGGAGAUAGUCCUUUCGGACUAUCCCUGGUUCCAUGGGACUCUGUCCAGGAUCAAGGCGGCCCAGCUGGUGCUGGCAGGAGGAGCCCGGAACCACGGCCUAUUUGUCAUCCGCCAGAGCGAAACUCGGCCAGGCGAGUACGUGCUGACCUUCAACUUCCAGGGCAAGGCCAAGCACCUGCGCCUGUCCCUGAAUGAGAAUGGCCAGUGCCACGUGCAGCACCUCUGGUUCCAGUCCAUCUUUGAGAUGCUGAGGCACUUCCACACCCACCCCAUCCCCCUGGAGUCUGGAGGAGCUGCCGACAUAACCCUCCGCAGCUACGUGCUGGCCCAGGCCCCGUUACCUGACCCUGGCCCGGCUCCCGGCACGGCCCCCCCGCCUCCCAGCUGCUGGAGCGAGCCCCCCACCCAGCAUUACUUCUCCAGCUUCGGCCCCGGGCCCUUCCAGCCGGCUUCCCCCUCAGAGGGCGGAGGCGCCUCUUCCUCCUCGGCCUCCUCCUCCUCGGGCACCGUCCCGCACCCGCAGUACCAUCGCACCGAGGGCACGCUGAGCGCCCGAAGCCGCAGCAACAGUGCCGAGCGCCUCCUGGAGCCUCCCGGCCCCGGGUCCGAGGACUAUCAUGACAGUGAAGGCGCCCGCAACAGGACCCGGGCAGUAGAGAACCAGUACUCUUUCUACUAAGCCCAGGAAGCAGAGUCCCCAGGGCUUCUGGGCAAGGAACCCCCUUCUCUCAUGGGGGCGGGGACUGUUUGACCCGACACGGUUCCGGAGGAGUCCUCUGAGUUUCGGAGCUGGCCAGGUCCUCUCCCCUUUCUUCCCCUUCCCUCUCCCAUUUUUCUCUCUGUCUUGGUCACACCUCCUUGGGUCACUGCUCUGGAAACUCGCCCCCUGACCCAUUCUGGGGGGAGGGGGCACGGGCCACUGCCGCGUGGCCAGGAUCCGAUGUCCCUUUCCCACUCCUCCUUCCUCCCUUCCCUCCUCCCCCCAUGGAGCGGCCCAUGGGUCAUGAGAUCGAGUGCUCUAUCAGAAGCUCUUCAGUGAAGAUAUGGAUGUGAUUAAAGAGCCUGUUUUAGGGACUGCAGCAA